UCUUUACAUCAGGUUCGAUUACUCACUUUCACCGUAAAUUGUAUAAUAAUGGCGGACGUCAACAUUGUUAAUGGGGAUGAUGAAAUUGUCGGACCAGACAAAAAGAAGCAGAAGACAUCAUCGUCUCUUAAGGAAGGUAUAUUACUUGGUUAUGGUAACCCACUCCUAGAUAUCUCUGUAAACGGAACAGAAGAAUUUCUGAAUAAAUAUGACUUAAAACCAGACAAUGCUAUUUUGGCAGAAGACAAACACAAGUCCAUGUAUAGUGACAUGGCCAAGACAUUUGCAGAUCAUGUGGAAUAUAUUCCAGGAGGAGCUACAUUAAAUGCCAUCAAAUUAGCACAGUGGUUGUUGAGAGUUCCUGAUGCAACAUCAUUCUUUGGUUGUGUAAAAAAAGAUGAAUUUGGGGAUAUUUUGGAGAAAAAGGCAAAGGAAAUAGGUGUUAAUGUUAAAUUCCAAUACACAGAUAAAGAAUCAACAGGCACUUGUGCUGUCAUUGUUACUGGAAAAAAUAGAUCAAUGUGUGCAAAUUUAGCAGCAGCAAACCUUUUCACAGAGGACCAUUUGAAUAAUUCAGAAAAUUGGUCUUUGGUAGAAAAGGCCCAGUUUUAUUACAUCGCUGGAUUUGCAUUAACAGUUUCACCACCAUCCAUCCUUAGAAUAGCUAAACAUUCCCAUGAGAAGAAUAAAACUUUCUGUAUGAAUUUGUCAGCACCAUUUUUAUGUCAGUUCUUUAAAGAUCCUAUGUUACAAGCAUUACCAUAUGUAGAUGUACUGUUCGGCAACGAAACUGAAGCAGAAACAUUUGCAAAAGAAAAUAACCUUGAGACAACAGAUAGGAAAGAAAUUGCAAAGAAGUUAGCAGGUUGGAAGAAAGAAAAUACUUCAAAACCUCGAGUGGUUGUUAUUACACAAGGAGAAGGAGAUGUCAUUGUUGCUCAAGGUGACAUAGUUACAGAGUACCCAAUUAUACCUAUAGCAGCAGAUGAUAUUGUAGAUACAAAUGGUGCAGGUGAUGCCUUUGUUGGGGGAUAUCUUUCUCAGCUCGUACAAGGGAAAUCCAUUGAAGAGUGUGUGCGUUGUGGAAACUAUUCUGCCAACUUAGUUAUACAACGAUCAGGUUGUACCUUCCCAGAAAAGCCAAGUUUUCAAUAACAGACUAUUUAGGGAAUAUUAUCUUUUGUAUUUCAUUUAAGUGGGUAAACAUUCUGAGGGAGUUAAUGUGUUAUAUUAUUAAGUUUGGUAUUAAUGUCUUAGAUUUAGAUUCUAGUCUUUGUAGAAUUAAGAUAAAUUGUUAAGUAUUCUUUUUUUAAGCAUCAAGUGAAUACAUAAAUAUGAAGAAAUAAAUUACCAAGAAAUAAAAGUAACAUGUUAGAAUGAAUAUUUCUUUUUGAAUUGUCCAUAAUCAAAAUUGUUAUAAGAUUGUUACUUUUCUGUACUUUUUCCACAAUUUUCCUAUAAAAGCACAUUUUGUCAUUUAUUUUUUAUAAUAAAAUGUUUUAAAAGUAUUGUCUCUAAAAUUUACUGGUUGUAAGAAAAAGUAUCAAAUUUAAAUUUAACAUCUACUCAUUUUAGAUUUUCUAAUUCUCAAUGAAUUUGAAAUAAUGUUGUAAAUUUUAGAAUUUAUGUGUACCUUAUUUUAAUAUUGCAAAUGUUCAAUAACGGACAAUUUCAGAUGGUUUCAUUGUUGAAUCUGUGUAGUUUUGUUGUUAAAUAUUACUAGGGUAACUUAAAAUGUAAAUUUGAAUGAAGAAAUUUAAGGAUUGCAUAUUGUUCUCAUGAAUCAUAACAUCGAAUUGAUAUCUAAAUUUACAAUAUUUCUAAAAUGUUGUAUGUGGUAAUUUAAAUGAUAUUAAAUAUAUUCCAUUAGACCCUUAUGGAGCAACUGUAGUCCUACACUAAAAACAUCAUUUACAAUCAUUAAGUUAUUUCAGAUAAGAGAUUAUGCUUUCACAUCAUUUUGUGGAUUUUUAAACUUUUUCAUGCCAUUCAAAAUGUAGGAUUGCAAGUUAAACCUAAAGGGUCUUUAUGGACAAUACAAAUCAA